UGUUUCAAUAUUUUCUUUUAUCGCGGCGCGCGAAAAAUAGUGUGUUCGUGAAACUAUCUUUCCGGUAUAGCAUUCGCGCAUUACGAACCUAAAAACGAAUUUACUUUCUAGCACUGCUAUCAUUCGAGUGUUGGUUAAAUGCCAUAGAUAUGGCGGCGUGGAUUCCGAAAACUGUGACACGGGCUACGAAAAGCCAAAAUGUAUAUGCUGCAAUCUAUGCGAUACAGAAUCGCGAUUGUUCUUCAAAACCAUACGUUAUUAAGAAUCCGACGACGGCCAGCUUGAAAAGAGGUACUGGUGGUCGUAGCUCUUUCAGCGGCGUGGUGUGUACAAUAUUCGGAUGCAAUGGUUUCGUUGGACGAUACGUAUGUAAUCGUCUUGGAAAAAUUGGUACCCAACUUAUUCUACCACAUAGAUGCGACCGUUAUUUUGUUUUACCCCUAAAAUUAUGUGGAGAUCUUGGACAAGUUUUAUUUCAUCCGUUUCAUCUGAGAGAUGAAGAAUCCAUAAUGAGAAGCAUAAAGUAUUCCAACGUUGUCAUUAAUUUAAUAGGUGCAAGUAUGAAUACGAGAAACUUUAAUUUGAAAGAUGUAAAUGUAGAUGGUGCCAGACGGUUAGCUAGACUUGCUAAACAAUGCAACGUGGAACGUUUUAUUCAUGUAUCAUGUUUAAAUGCAGAAGAAAAACCUAAGCCAUUAAUGUUAAAAAAUGGUUCAGAGAUUCUUAAAACAAAGUGGCAAGGGGAAUGUGCAGUGAAAGAGGAGUUUCCAGAAGCUACUAUUGUUCGACCUUCAAUCAUAUAUGGACAAGAAGAUAAUUUUAUAACACAUUAUAUGAACCCAUGGAGGCGAAAUAUGAAAACAGUCCCACUAUGGGAAGGUGGAGAAAAAACAGAAAAACAACCAGUCUAUGUUGGCGAUGUAGCAGCUGGUAUUACUGCUAUUGCAACAAAUCCCGAAACUGCUGGUAAAACUUACCAGUUUGUCGGCCCAAAACGAUAUAAACUGGGUACUCUUAUCAACUGGUUUUAUAAUAUAGCGUCUCGUGGAUUACCAGAUUAUUACAAGAUCAUAGAUAUGAAGUAUAAUCCAGUAUUUAAUCUGAAAGUUGAUUUGAAUGAAUUCAUAUAUAAAUAUAAUCCUUUCUUCAGUAUGAGUUGGGAUAUUUUAGAAGAACACCAUACUAGUGACAAAGUAAUUCCUGGAGUACCAACUUUGGAAGAUUUAGGUAUAACACCAUGUGAUAUGGAAUCUCGAAUACAAUGGGAGAUGGCACAAUUUAGAUUCCAGAACCACUUUAUCGAAACCAUAGAUGAAGAACAACCACCUAAUCCAGAAACUGUUCCACUAAAAUAAAAAUUUUAUAUUUAAUUAAAAUUAGUACAGAAUUACAUUAUGCUCUAACUGUAAUAAAAAAUGUAUCACAUCAGUUUUAAA